UAAACGAGUGGCCACAAGUGAGCUGGAGCACGACUUAUUCAAUAGUCAACAUGACCUCGAUCUAGUUAAUGAGUCCCUUCUUCACUCUCCGUGUCUCCCCACCAGCCUUAUUUGUGAGCCGCGUCUAGCCGGUAUUUGUCGAAUUGUCGAUAGCAACAAACACACGUCAUGGCCCGAGAUCUAUGGCCACCCGGUUUCCGCUUCUACCCAACCGAAGAAGAGCUCGUUGCAUUCUAUCUUCCAAACAAACUCGAAGGCCAAAGAGAUGAUCUUCAUCAUGUUAUCCCCGUUGUCAAUGUCUACGAACACGAGCCCUGGCAACUCCCAGAGGAAGCGGGAGAAUUAUGCAACGCGGAUACCGAGCAAUGGUUUUUCUUUGUACCAAAACAAGAAAAGGAAGUUCUAGGAGGGAAGCCGUCUAGAACCACGACUUCUGGGUACUGGAAAGCUACGGGUUCGCCUACAUACGUGUAUUCAUCCAUGAGUAAGGUGAUUGGAGUGAAGAGAACGAUGGUGUUUUACGAAGGGAAAUCGACGAAAGGCAAGAAAACCAAGUGGAAAAUGAAUGAGUAUCGGACAAUCAAUGAAGAACUCGAUGCCACUAAUACUAUUGCUAUUCCGAAGUUACGAAACGAGUUGAGCUUAUGCAGAGUUUAUGUAGUAUCGGGAAGGAUACGUGCAUUCGAUAGACGACCUUUAGGAGUAGGAACCGAUUCUUCAAGUUUUUCAUCGUCUUAGUUAAGAUCACCCAACUUAUCAUAGACAAUGUAACUUACAUCGUAUAACUUAUUAUUAUUUUUUUUCUGAAUUUUAGAGGUUUACAUUUCUGACGUUCAUACAUUUGUAAAGUGUAUUUUGAUAUGUGUUUUCUAUAGUUAUUUUGGUAAGUGAAAAAAUAAAGUAGUUCUGACAAUAUGGUUAAAAUUAA